AUGGGAUGUCCCACGCAGUCCGCCCACUGGACCGGCAGGAGCCGUAGAAUGGACACGGAAUCACACCGCCAACACUUGCCAGCCGGACUUUCCCCCGCGUCGCCUGCCCGGUUCUGGGAACCCCCUACUUGUAGCGCCCGGCCCGUGGAGUCCACAGUUCGCUGUCUCCCCCUGGUUUCAGACAGCGCUGUUUUCAACGAACGUCAAACUCCCACCGAAAAACGAAGGCACUUCGUAUCGGCGUCAGAGACAGAUAUCACACCUACACCUACAGUGGUAAGGAGUAACUCAAGUGUAAGACCCAGCCAUGACAAUAUCACCACGGACAAGAAAACGACUAGUAAUUUGAGCGUCAAGGAAGAGGCGGGGCCACAACUUCGCCCACAAGGUGCUGAAGAAGCGAGACCGCCACCCGUCCACACGGUACCUAGCACACUGGGUCGACCACACGUGCCCGUUCCUCUUAGUCUUCCUGUACCAAACUUCGUGGACCAACGCCUAGGCGUCUUCGCACCAGCGGAGCUCCAACAACUUUCUUGGCAAGACGAAGAUGGUGAUACACCCCUACACAUCGCCGUGGCCCAGGCUAACGUCCCGCUGACGGAGAGGUACCUGACACUGCUGGCCAUGGCGCACAGGAACAUCGACAUCUACAACCACCUCAGGCAGACUCCACUACACUUGGCUGUUAUAACAGAACAAUGGCCUUUGGUGCGCAUGCUCGUUCUGAGCGGCGCAUGCGCAGACGUGCAGGACAGAAACGGGCAGACGGCGGUGCACCUGUCGUGCCAGACCGCCAGCACGGCGUGCUUACACACCAUCCUCACCUGCACCACACGGGAACUGGACCUGGAGCUCAGGAACUACGACGGCCUGACACCUCUGCACGUGGCCGUGAACACGGGGAACCAGGAUGUCGCCAUGUUACUGGUGGACAGCGGCGCAGAUGUCGAUGCAACGGACGGUAAGAGCGGCAGAACGGCGCUGUUUCACGCCGUGGAGAGAGACCAGGAGGACAUGGUUCUGUACCUUCUCCGCGCAGGCGCCAAGGUGAACGCACAGUGCUACGCGGGAAACACCCCCCUGCACGCCGCCAGUGGACGAGGCCAGCAGAACAUGGUCAAACUGCUCAUCAAGCACGGGGCGGACAUCGGCGUCAAGAACUCUCACAACGACACGCCACUGGCCGUGGUCAAGACCAGAGUGAUCAGUCAGAUGAUGAGGGGUAGAUACAAGCCCCAGCCGCCAAACGCCGCUUCUGCACCCGCUGCCUUCCCUCGCAGUGUGGCGCUGCUGAGGGAGUCAGGUUCACCAGGCACGUCUUGUGGCAGUUCUCAUCCUUCCGAACAUUCAUCACCUUCACCAGAGGAAACACCACAAUUUCAGCGAUCGUCACCAGGCCUUGGAAGAUAGCUGGUCAUUUAACCUCCAGGAUAUCUCUUAUACACUGUCGUUUGUACACCUUCAGCACUGCCGCAAACGGUUAUGGGGGAAGCCGCAAUCAAGUCAGAUUUCAUAGUGAAGUGUGAUUUAAAUACACCGUAGAUAGUUGACAGUUGUAGUCGCGUGGCCAAGACGUACAUUGUAUUUAGCCACGUUGUUCUACACAUUUCCCUCUACCUCAACACGCCUGUUUUUUACCCCUAUAUUUUGGACAAGAAAUUCUAGUAAGAAUGAUUCUCUGUGCGUUCCGAGUGAACUUUCGCCAUCUUAGAUAUAACCGUCAUACUGACCGUUUGUGGCGGUUAUUCAUCCCUAGAAGUUGGGGCGUUACUUGCGAGAGGCCUAUAUUCCUAUGCAGAAAUCUGUGAUACUGAAAAAGUAUAGCCUAUACUAUAUGUAACUGCACUGCCAAGCUAGGCAACAAGGUGCCGCUGCUGUACGGCUUCACCGGUCGCCUCUCCGAUUAAUACGUAUUAAUGAAAUAUUUAACAAAAUAUUUAAUUACAUGGUGUCAUAUAGUCCA